AAUGGCUAACACUUGCCUUUAUUCAUUAAUAAAAGCAGCAGAUGAUAGUUGUCAAUAUGCAAAGGAUAAUUGCAACGACCAAACUAUAUUUCCAUUUACACAUUAUUAUUUCUGUCAACUUGAUGAAAAUUGGGUAAUAUUAAUACUCAUUGCUGUAUAAGAAUUGAAUUAAUAAUUUAUAGCCAUUCUUGUUUUUCAUAUUGUUCAACUUUUUAGCAAGGACAGUAGAUGACUAUUUAUCACCUGCAGUGACUUUUAUUGCGGAGUAUUUCAAAAUGUCAUAAACUUUUGCAGGGUAUAUACAAAAUAUUUAUGAAGUGUAACUUUGAUAGCAUUUGCAAAUGGUGUGCCUGACUUUUUAUGUGCUGUAUUGGCAUCUUAAGACGAUGAUGGUAUAUUGAUAGCCGUUGGGAGUAUAUUUGGCAGUGGUCUAUUUAUGACAACAAUAAUAGUAGGUGCAGUUAUUUUGUUGUCAGGAGUAGUGAAAGUAUUUAUGUUGAUCACAAUUUUAAGGCAGAGAAAGUGCCAUUUAUGAGAGACAUUAUAUUUAAUGGAGUUGCCAUAGUGUUAUUGAUGAUAUUUGCAUUUAUUGGACAAAUUAAUCAUUACAUGGCUAUUGGAUUUUGUUCAUUAUACGUGAUUUACAUAAUAGUAGUCCUGGUGAAUGAAAGUAGUAUAAAAAAAAGUAAAUGAAGUGAUUAAAUUAUAGAAUAGAGACAGGAUGAAAUAGAUUCCAUAGAAGAAAGAAAAGAGUAAGAGGAAAAGAAAUUGUUGGCCCAAGCAGAGGAGGGAAAUCAAGCCAUUGAAAAUGCUGAUGAAGAAUUAAAAAAGGAAUUGGCAGAAUCAAUUCCUGAAUCUUUCAAGAAACCAUUUGGAGAAAUGACUUUUAUCUCAAAGCUUAAAUAUGUUUAUAUAACCUCAUUAGAAUUCGUUAGAAAAAUCACUAUUCCUGCAAGCAAUCAAGAAAAGUAUGAUAAAACUUAUGCAGCCAUUCAUCAACUUUUAUGUCCAAUUGCAAUGAUUGCUUUAUUGGGAUGUAUAUUAAUUAGACAAUACUUAUUUUAUAGCAUUUUCAAUGGAAAUUUAUGAUGUCAAAGUAUGGAUAAUUUUGGAAGUAUUCGGUUUGCUAUUGUUUAUCUAUUAAUUAAUAUUUGAAAUCCCUAUCAUUAUUUUGUCAAUUGAAUGUGUAGUGUGCUCAAUUAUUUGGUGUAAAUAAGUUAUUUAAGUUUUGAUUGAUUUCAUUUUGGUAAGAAUUCCUUAAUUAUAUUUCAGUUAAUCUAAACAAUUACUGGAGUGAGUUACUCUUAUUUGGGCAUGACAUUUUUGGCUUUUGGAAACUCUACUUGUGAUUUCUUGGUUAAUACUAAAUUGGCAUCAAUUGGUUAUGGAUUGAUGGCUAUGACAGGAUGCUUUUCAGGAACUGUCUUCAAUAUGUUAUGUGGAUUUGGAGGUGCUUUGGUUAGGUUGACUGCAAUUGAAAAGUAUCCAGGAAUAGUCUCAUUUGAUCUUUUCAGAGAUGCUAAGAGUGGCUCAUAAACAGACAUUGUAAAUAUUUUGGACAUUUAUUGUAGAUUAUUACUAGGAUGAAUAAUUCUAUUGCUUAUUGCGUGAUCAUCUUUUCGUUAAUGAAUAUCAUAAUGACAUGCAUUGUUGUAAUCACUAAGAAGUAUUAAUUUAUUAUUAAUUCCAGGUUCAAACUGACUAAAAACUUAGCAUAUUAUUAUUUCUUUAUUUAUUCAGUAUUUUUUAUUUUCAUUACAACGUUAACAAUUGCAUUAAGUUCAAUAGUCAGCUAUUUAUCGGAACAAUGA